AUGGCUUCUCAGCACGGCGUGUCGCGCGUCGUGGGUGGCACAGAUGCCCAGCCAGGGGCCUGGCCCUGGAUCGUCAGCAUCCAGGAUCCCUGGAAAACAGGCACGGGGCAUACAUGCGGAGGGUCCCUCAUCAGCCCACAGUGGGUCCUCACAGCAGCCCACUGCUUCAUUGAGGCCAGGCACAUCACCAUGUGGCGCGUGGUGGUCGGGGCCACCCGGUUGACUCAGCUGGGCCCUGAGGCCCAAGUGCGCACUAUCAAGCGGCUACUGGUUCACGAGCACUACAGUAACAUCACGCAGAGGAACGACAUCGCCCUGCUGGAACUGGACCAGCCUGUGCAGUGCAGCUACUCCAUCCAGCUUGCCUGUGUGCCCGACGCCUCGCUGAGAGUGUCAGAGCUGACAACCUGCUACGCCAGCGGCUGGGGUUCCACGACUGCAAGAUGUGAGUUCCCAAAAAGUACUCGAUCAACUGAUGUCCUGCAGGAGGCCAAGGUCCGCCUCAUUGAUGUCAACCUCUGUAACAGCAGCGGGUGGUACAGAGGGGCCAUCCACACCCACAACCUGUGUGCUGGCUACGCGCAGGGUGGCAUCGACACCUGCCAGGGCGACAGCGGUGGUCCUCUCGUCUGCAAAGAUAACAAUGCAGACUACUUCUGGCUCGUUGGAGUCACCAGCUGGGGGAAAGGCUGCGCGAGAGCAAGACGGCCCGGAGUCUACACCUCCACGCAGCACUUUUACGACUGGAUCCUGGCACAGAUGGGACUGCGCCCAGCAGUAUCGGCUACUCCAACGCCACAGCCAGGCUUCACCUCAAGCCCCUUUCAGAGGCCGAGACCGACACCAACUCAAUUGGGGACCUAG